GAAUUGGUUUCGCCAAAAUUUUAUUUUUUUAGUAUUCGUCACUUUGUGGUGAUCGUCGAUGUUUAAUUUGAAUUUUAUUCUGCGAUUUUAAUUCCAGCACAAAUAUACAUAUGAAAAAAUGUCGGACGAUGAAUCCGAUAAACAAUUAGCAUCCUACAACUCUGCUGUAGAGAGUUAUGAACACUUGGAAUCCCUUUUCCACCAAAAAUGCUUAGAUUUUACGCGAAUAAAGCAAGAACUCAAGAACUGUUCCGAUAAAAUCGAAAAUAUUAUCCUGGGCGAAGAUGCUAACUGUACAUUUUUCGUCGACUUAUACCAGCUAAGGAAUCAAAUUUUGGAACUUUCGAAAUAUGUAGAAAGGAGAAGUCAGAACAUGAAGCCUUUGAACGCAAGAAAACCUUACGACCUUGUUGUGGCUGGUGGAAAAAAGAAACCCGACAGCGACAAUAUGCUGAGUUUCGUCAAGGGAACCAUCGAAACUCCUAGAAUAAACGGCUUGGCCGAAAUCGCAGGUUUGUGGGAGAUAAAGAAGACUCUGAAGUCUCUCGUAGUGUUGCCCAGAACUCAACCCCAGUUGUUCCUCAACCGUAAGGCCUCUAAUAGCGUUCUUUUAUUCGGACCGCCUGGCACCGGAAAAACUCGCCUGGUUCAUGCUCUAGCACACGAAGCUGGAGCCUUGCUGCACUCUGUUAGCGUCUCUAACAUUCUUUCACAUUUUGUUGGACAGUCAGAGAAAAAUCUACAGUUCCUAUUCGAAUACAUCAGAAACAACAACGCCUUUUCGAUAUUGUUCAUCGAUGAGGUAGACGGGUUUUGCAGAAAAAGAAUUGAUUCUGAGCAAGAGCAUUCUAGAAGGAUCAAAACGGAGCUGAUGUGCCAAAUGAGCAGGAUCGAAGAAAACUCCAACAUGUUCCUCAUCUGCGCGACGAACUGUCCCUGGGACUUGGAUACGGCUUUUUUGAGACGUUUUCAGAAACGGAUUUACAUUCCGCUUCCAGAUAAAUCCGAAAGAUACGAUCUCUUCAAGUUGUUCACGAAGGACAUUGCCCUCGAGUUGAGUUCAGUCCAAUGGGAGCACAUCGUGGAAAAGACUGAGGGGUUUUCAGGUUCCGACAUUUCUGACUUGGUACAGCAGGCCUUGAAUAUCCCCAUCCUAGAACUCCAAGACUCGAUAAUCUGGAAAAUGUAUGCAGACAAUUCUUACGAACCAGUCACAGACACGGACAAUUUCAACUUGGAAAACAUUGUGUGUCGCGAACUGGGUGACUUACCUCCGGGUUCGGUUAGAGUGAGGACUGUACGACCGUCGGACAUUUUGAAUUCUUUACAAAAUGUCAAGCUGACCGUCAGCAUGGAUGACAUAAGAAAAUAUGAGGCAUUCAACAGCAAACAGUAAUUUUUCUCGAGGAGUCAUAGUUUGUUAUUUCGUUUUCUGAUUGAUUUUGUUUGAAAGAAGGUUAUUUGUGU